UUAGGCCUUCUUUUGUUUGUUUAGGAGGGAAAACUUCUUCCGCUUCUUUUCUAAAGCCGUGAUUGAACAAUCCGUUUUACAAACCCCGCUCAAACCCUAAAAACUAUAACGCCGCACAUUGCAUUUCUUCAAUCGAUCUCUUCAAUCCUUUUAUUUGAUUUUAUCCUGUAAGUAAGAAGGCUCAUAAUUUUCCAAAUAGCGAUUGACAACCACAUAGCCAACAUUGCCCAUGAAAUCAGGCCUAAGAAGAUAUGAAAUGGUCGCCAUACUUGAUACCAAUGCUUGGAUUGUAUGAAUCGCCCUAUCUGCUCUCUUUGUCUCAAUCAUCACAAGGACCAACAAACCAUUUAGGAGUUUUGAAGCAUGAUGACGAGGGUUUGAAUGCUAAAUCUCUUUCAUCUUCUACAUUUGAGAUUCGAAAAUUGGGUUUUUAGGCAUGUAGUCGGGGCUCCUUACAGAAUGCAGAUUGCAUUCUUUUUUUUCCAAAUGAGCACCAAUUUCCUUCACAAUUGGGUUUUAUCGUGAGGUUUCUUUUAGCUGUGACUCAGUUGAUGAGUUAUAGCGGCUGAAAGGAAGGCUAACUUAAAUAAUGAGCAACUGUGAUGCAGCUGAUGCUUUGUGUCUUCAUUUUUCUACAGUACUAUGUUCAUCUUGGAGUGAUAUCUGGUGAUUUAGCAAGAUUUGAGUAGUGGGAGAUUUAGUAAAGACUUAUCGAGAUAUCUCUGGUGAUUCUACCAAAUCUUAGGUAAUUGUUUUUUAAAAUUAUAUUGUUCUUUAAAAUUCUAAAUACAUAGAGAGAGGAGUAUGGGACGGACCAAGAGAGUGGAAGGGGUAGUUUACUAUUAAUGUUUUUUAAUUACAUUUACCUCUGUUAUUAUUACUUUUUAACUCAAAAGUUGUAUAUACAUUAUUAUUUUCUAAAUAAAGCCAUAUCAUAAACCAAAGGGGUGGUGGUUGUGACCCAUUCGCUAAAGGCAAAGCUUUUAAGACCAAGCGUAGUCGUAGCAAAACAGGGCGUUUUUUUGCCCGAAAAUGCAAAACAACGGCCGAGUCGCGGCCCCCGGGGCGUUUUUCUUGGAUUUUAAAGUGUGUUUACAUAAGGUUAAGAUGUUUGUGUUAAAAGGGUAUAAUAGUAAAAUUGUAGGUAGAUAUUGUUUAGUAGUCAGUUUACCCCCCGGUACACCUAACCUGCAUUUAAUAACACGUAACCAACACUGCGCAUAACCGACACCUAAACGCAUGAAACGACGCCAAAAUGCGCGUAACAGGCAUUAAACACAUGUAUCUGGCACUGGUUACUCGUGUAAAGCCGGUUUCGUGUCGAGUGCUGCUUCAGUGCUUACCAGGCUGGGUUACGCACGUGUCCCAGCCCGGAUACGCGUAACUAGAGUAAAAAACGCGUAAUAGACGAUUAUGGCUAUUUACUCUUGGAUUUAUGAUGUAAUUUUUUGUUUAUUUUACUACAGAUGACCACCCACUAGGUUGAAUGGGUCGUGUUCGGAUCAACCCACGAAAUCUCGGUUUGUGUUCGGGUUCAUAUGUAUGAUACGAUUUUCGGGUUCGGGUCGAGUUUGGGUUCGUGUAAAUUUUCGGGUUCGGAUAGGGUUGAACCCGCCAAUCUGCGAACACGACCCGAAUCCACCGCAUUUAAUCUCACUUGAUAUAUGUAUUUAUCUGUUAGCAAUAUGUUUUUAUUUAGAAAAAUCUCGAUAUAUGUGUUUGUUUGUUAGCAAUCUGUUUUUUUAGAAAAAUCGUGAUUUUCUUUACGUAUUUGCAGAUUUUCUUUCCUGCAAUGACCAAAAUCAUUUCAACUUUAGGUCCUCGGUCACAUUUCAUCUUUAGCAGUGUGACAUCUUUUGUUUAUACUGACAACAUCAACACCAAUUUAUAAACUAAUAGACGGGUAUAAUGAUGUAAAUUAUCGAUGUUGUGAUUGUCAUUCAUAACCUAAUUAACAUAAAGCGGAACAAUUUAUAAACUAAUAGACGAGUAUAAUGAUGUAAAUUAUCGACUCCGCCGCAACGCACGGGUUUCCACUAACUUAAAAAGCUUCUUCUCAAGUAUACAACUUAACUUAAAAGGACUACCUGAUGUGAGAUUGAUUUUGUUGUAUUAUUGUAGGAGCUCAAGAAUGGUGAUGUUGCAGCUGAAAAUGAAGCUGAUUCAGACGACGGUGCCAGUUCGGAUGAAGUGCAUGAGCUUUUAUAUACGGUUUAAGGUUUUAAUUAUAAACAUAAUUACUUUUGUUACAAUAAAUGUUAUCCUACCGAAGAAUGUUGUAGAGCUAGACUCUAAAGCAGAAGAGGGGAGCAGUGAUGAUGCGAGGACUCCGAGGGCUCAGGCGGAGAAGAUGAUGGUUCUGAAGAGGAGGAUGAACCUAAAACCAUAAAGAUAACCGUUUAUGUUCCAUCAGCAACAAAAGCGCCUCAAACUCCAGCAAUAUGAUCCAAAGCUUUGUUUGUCGGCAAUCUAAGUUACUCUGUGGGAGAAAUUGAUAUAUGCGGGUGAAGUUGUUGAGCUCCGACUUUCCUUGAGAGAUGGUCGAUUUGUAGGUUAUGCGCAACUCAAAAGGCCCUUGAACUCAAAAAUGAAUUAUUACGCGACCGUGCUGUGAGAUUUGAUUUAGCAAAGGAAAAGGGUGCUUACACUCCUGGAGCUGUCGUCUCAUCAGAGUGGGCGGUUGAAGAAAAUUUGGUCAGGAUUGUGUGCAAAUUGAGAAGAGGGAAAGUAGGUUGAGCUGUUGACGCAGUUAUGUUGGAUGCUUUCGAUUAAAUGGAAGAUUCACUAAGCACGUUUUUGUGGAUUUCUUUGUGCAUGUGCUUAUGGUACUAAUGACCGUGAUUUCUUAUAUCGAUUCUUUUCAACAAGAGUCCAGCAUGUGGCAUUAUCUACUGCAGCGAACAUGUGUAAAAACUUCCAUAUGAUGCAACUAAUUUUGUAAUGAAUGACGUUCCCUUAUUGACUAAUCUUCUUUAGCACCAUGAUGCCAAAGUUUUGGAGUGUGCUUCGGUUUGUUUGAUUCGAAUUGCGAAGGCGUUUGCCUCAUCAUCUGAUCAGCUAGACAAGCUUUGUAUCCAUGGAUUGGUUAAACAAGCAACCUCUCUCAUUUCAACCAGCUGUUCUGGCCUCAGUACAUCUACAUAACAUAUACUGGCUUAAUCUGAUUGAUAUCCUAUAUGUGCAUCUGGCUCUCCCUUAGGAUCCAAAACUUUCUCUUUCUAAGGAUCAUUGGGGAUUCUCAAAGGCAUAUCAUCCGUUUGUUGCAACAAUGCAUGUGUCACCUUCCUUGAGUAGACCACCAGAGGAGGACAACGCGUGAGGUGUUUCCGGCUGUUGACAGAGGGAAGUGUUGAAACUAGCAACUCAGAGUAAAAUUGAUUGUCAUCUUCACCAAAAUUUAUGUCGUGUCGUGGUUGAUGUCUGAGCAUUCAAUUAAAGCUCCGAUUGCGCCAAACGUUGGGAUUGCUGUGAGGCAUGUGCAUCGCUCGCAUUAUGGAAAAAAAAGGGGUAAUUCAGACAUUUACUAAAAACAAGGAAAUUACGCGAGUUCGUUAUCUCCAGCAUCCCGAGUAGUAAUGCUCGAAACAUAGAUGAUGUCGAAUUUGAAGAUGCUGAGGUCGAUACCGGACAUGAUGAUGCAGAGCAAUAUCGGAAUCCGACAUCAGACAACAACGUUACCUUAGACGAUCAGACUAAUGAAAGAUUGUAUAUCCCAGAGGUAGCUUCAUCAUGUGUUCCUGUUAUUGGAAUGGAGUUCUCUUCCAUAGAACAAGCAUAUGUUUUUUAUCAGACAUAUGCCAAGAAGGCAGGGUUCUCCGCUCGAAAAGGAGGUGAACAUCAUGUUGGUGGUAUUAUCAAGUCUAAAUAUUUUGUGUGUUCAAAAGAGGGGCAUAAACCACAGGUAUUUGAUGAGAAUUAUUCGAAGUUGUCUAAGCCAUAUAAACGUAGGAACAGACCGACUAUUCGAACCGGCUGUAAAGCACAAAUUAAGCUUUGUUCGACGGAUGGGGUGUUGUUUAAGGUUGAUAAGUUUGUUCAAUCUCAUAAUCAUUCAUUCGUGUGCCCCAAAGAUAUGCACUUAUUACCAGCUUAUAGACAUCUGUCUGAGACACAAGAAGAGAUGAUAUGGGAGCUUGGUACAUUGAAUCUUGGGCCAGUGAAAGCCUUUAAUAUAAUGAGAAAAAGAUACGGAGGGUUUGAAAAUGUAGGCGCAACUAAAGACGAUUGCAAGAAUUUUAGAGCUAGGAUACAUAGCUACAUCGGACAGUAUGAUGCAGAUAUGGUUAUCAAUAGGUUGACCGAUAAAAAGCAGUUUAUGGUUGAUUAUUCAUUCUUUCAUUUGGUUGAUGAAAACAAACGAUUAACCGGCCUGUUUUGGGCCGAUGGCUUGUGCAAACGUAAUUAUGCUGAGUUUGGAGAUGUCAUAUCGUUUGAUGCUACAUUUAAAACCAACAAGUAUAAAAUGGUUUUUGUACCUUUUACUGGUAUUGAUAAUCAUCGUCGAAAUGUGACACUUGGAGCCGGGUUGUUAGCAUCCGAAAGCAUUGAAUCAUACAAGUGGCUUUUACAGUCAUUUUUGAACUCAUUUGGUAAGCAGUCGAAUGUGGUUGUCACUGAUCAGGAUCCCGCGAUGAAACAAGCCAUCGAAGCAGUGUUCGAUAAGAGUAGGCAUAGAUUAUGUAUGUGGCACAUAAUGAAGAAACUUGCUGAUAAGGUCGGACAUCAGCUGUGCAAUAACGAAGACUUUAAGAGACGUAUGUGUGACAUUGUAUGGACAGAUUCGAUUACGCCAGAAACGUUUGAGAGAGACUGGAAGCUGAUAAUGAUUGAUUUCGGUCUAACUGAGAAUAAGUGGAUUGAUGAUAUGUUUGGCAUGAGAUCUUCGUGGAUCCCAGCGUUCUAUCGUCAUGAGCCUAUGUCUGGGCUUAUGCGGACCACUUCUAGAUCAGAGAGCGAAAACCAUUUUUUCUGUCAAGUGGCGAAUUCUCAACUUACCCUUGUUGAGUUCUUUAACCAUUUUGAUGGUGCAAUGGACAUUCAAAGAUUCAACCAUCGGAAGAAUGACCAUAUAUCUAGAAAUACAGUCCCCGAUAACUUUUCUGAAUCUACUCUAGAGGAUGAUGCCAUGAAAAUUUACACCAGGUCAAUUUUUGCUGAUCAACAGGCAGAGUUACAAGGAACACUGUCCGAGUGCCUUCCGAUGGAGACUAAAAUUGAGGAACCUUUUUUGAAGAUAAGUAUGAAGGAUUGGAAAGCUCACGGCGACGGUUUAUUAGAGGAAUGUUUCAAGAAGGGGGAGGAUGUAAUUGCAUUAUGCACUUGUCGCAGGUUUGAACAAUAUGGAUUGUUGUGCAAGCAUAUAUAUUUCGUGUUCAAGAUGUUCAAAGUGAAGGAAAUUCCCAACAAGUAUGUAAUGAGAAGAUGGACUAAAGAUGUGGUACCGAAUGAUCUUAAUAAUACAUUUGAUAUUACUGUUGACGGUGAUGAUGCGCAUAAAAAGGCCAAAGAGGUUGCGUAUGAGAUUAUGCAGACUGGAGAGUAUCUUAUUGGUAACCUGAUCAAAGAUUUCGAUCAUCUACUUAUAGUCAGGGAUCGGAUGAGAGAGAUGAAAGAAAUGGUUGAUGAACUUCGCAUAACCAAGCCCAUCGACCCUAAGUUUGAUAGAUAUUCAAGGUUAAUUGGUUACGAGAAACCAAACACUGACGAUCCACCUACAGUCCGUGUGCCAACUGGUAUUAGAAACAAAGGACGUGGUUCACAUAAGCGCAUUAAAUCAAAAAAAGAGAAAAUUAUUAGUCUAAAAGGCAAGAGAGGUCGGACAUGCAGUCACUGCAAUAUCAAAGGUCAUGACAUUCGAACUUGCAAGGUGUUGAAGGGUGAAGCUACUGCUGCUGAUAAGGUUGCCAAUAAGGAGGGGAGGAAAAGAAGAGCAAUUCAGUUAGAGAAGGAUCCUAAUUUAGUUGAUGAAGAGGACGAGGAGGUUGAAACUGGUGACGAAGAGGAGUUUGAGGAGUCCGACGAAGCAGAAGAUAGUGAUUUUGAAUGCGAAGACGAGUAGUGUUUGAACAACAUAAACAUUCCAUAUUUAAUGAUUUUGUUAUGACUGAACUUUAUGUAAUCUAUGACA